AUGACGCGCCCAGCUGAUAUCGAGAAACCCAAUGACCAGGCCUUUGCAGCCCAUGAUGAGUAUGCCAGCGAUCAUGCCCUGGCUGUUUUGAUAGCUCCGGUGCGACAUGACAAUGGGCAGCUACGCGACAUUACUAAGUUAUCGUACGUGUUUGGGGUGGCUUUGUUGGCCUCUUUUGGCGGCUUUUCAUUUGGUUAUGGCGUCAUCUCGAUCAUUCUGGCCAUGACCCAAUUCCGGCAAUACUACCCCCAGAUCCACCCCGAUAGUCCCGACUAUGGCUUUCACGUUGGCUUCAUGACCGCAAUGCCCGAGCUGGGUGCUUUCGUCGGCUGCCUUUUCUUCCCGUCUGUGGCGGAUCGGAUAUCACGGAAAUGGGGGCUGACGGUCGCCACCGUAUUCUUUGUGGUAGGUGCGAUUAUCCAGACAGCGGCGUUGAAUUACGAUGCUCUGGUUGCGGGAAGGUUUAUUGGAGGAAUCGGCGUGGGUACUCUUGCCAUGGAAGCUCCUCUCUUUGGGCCAGAGAGCGACAUGUCUCUCAUCCUGUCGGGCAUGGUAAAUGUUUGUCAAUUGAUUGGGGGAAUCCCGAUUGCCGUGUUUCUCGACCGCGUUGGCCGCAGAAGGCUGGCAGUCCUGGGCGGGGUGAUUAUGGCCAUUCUGCAUCUCGUGAUGGCAGAACUGAUGGGCAAGUUCGGUGGUGACUGGCCAUCCCAUCAGGCCGUCGACUUGUAUGUCCUAUCAUAUUCCAUGUCUUAUGGACCUCUUGCCUGGGUCCUGACAGCCGAGGUUUUCCCGAGCUCCAAGCGUGCGAAGCGGGUCGGAGCUGCGACGGCCAUGAUUUGGCUGUCCAAAUUCAUAAUCGGGGUUGUCGUUCCCGAGAUGCUGAUCAAACUGGGCUGGGGCAACUAUCUCUUUUUUGGAAUGGUCUGCCUUGGAGCGGCCGUAUUUUCGUAUAUCUUUGUUCCCGAGACAUCCAAUUAG